CCUACAUUACAAAUUAGGGUAGCGGCGAGCAGGGGAGACGUGACGCUGCUGGCGCAGCUGCUAGCCUUACACCCGAACUGCGUCGACGGGCGCGAUGACGGCCGCUCGCAAGCCCCCCUGCUUUCAAGCGCCUUGCUUGGGCACACCGCGGCGGUCGGGCAGCUCCUCUCGGCGGGGGCCAACCCAAACCGCCGGGGCCGGAGGCAGGAAACGGCAUUAAUGCUUGCAGCGCAGAAAGGCCACGUCGAUGUCAUUCGGUCUUUGCUGUUCCGCGGCGCGCACAUGGGAGCAGCGGACGACCGGGGCUGGACGGCGCUCCACUUCGCGGCCGCAGCGGGGCAGGCCGUGGCGGCCCGCGCGCUGCUCACGGCGGCUGCGGGCGGGCGCGGCGGUUUGCUGGAAGCGCAGAACGGCAAGGGCGAGACGGCUCUGGCGCUGGCAGCAUUUGGCCGUAAGGAGGAGGUGGUGCGGGUGCUCCUGCUGUCGGGGGCUCGCAGGCAGGCCGUGCAGGACGCCGCGGACAGUGACUACGUUGCCAAGUUGGCGCGGGCAGCGGGCGCCGCCACCGCCGCUGACGGGCCGGGUGCAGUUGCAGUUGCGGGCGGUGACGCAGCCGGCGGCGGUGGAGGCGGCGGUGGUGGGCAGCAGAGCGCGCGCAGCCCGGGAGGGCCGGCAAUGCAGUUCUCGGGCACUGCGUCGGAAUACGAGAGGAUUUUCUCGCCGCCGCCCUCGGAGCCUGUCACUCCGUACGGCGCGGUGCCGCCUCCUCCUGCUGCUGCCGGGCCGCGCACGCCCGCCUGCAACAGCAGGCCUGCUGGCGGCAGGUCGACCAUAGCCCCCGCCCGCGCCGCCGCGCCCGCCGCAGCCGCACCCGUAGCCGCUGAUGGCGACGGCGACAGCGACGAGUACAGCAACGCCCCGGAUCAGCAGCCCGCAGCCGCAGAUGAGGACGAAGCAUUCAUGCGGUCGGCGGCGGCCGCCACCGCCGCCACUGCCGCCGCCGCCGCCACGUCAGCUGCACCCAGCAGGCGCGCCCCAGACCCGCUGGUGCUGCCCGACACUCCCUCGGCGCCGCCGCCAGCGCUGUCGCAGCCGCCCGUGCGCCGCUCGCCACGCGCGGACGGCAGCAGCGCCACCACACCCAAAGAGGCGACGGCGGCCCCUGGACCCAAGUCGCCCGGGAAGAGCGAGCCGGCAGCAUCCAGCGGUGAGGCCCGCGGCGGCGGCGGCGGUGGCGGCGGGGGUGGCGGGGGUGGCGGCAGCGGCGGCGGAGGCCGGUGGCAGCUGCAUGAGCUGGCCUACCGCGGCACGGUGCUGCUACAGCACCGGCCGAGCGGCCUGCUCUUCACCUGCGUGCCCGAGGACAGCUUUCCAGCGCUGGUGGGGCGGCUGCAGGGGGGUGUGCCCCGCUGGCUGGGGCCGCCCGACCUGAGCCUGCUGACCGCCGUGCCGCAGGCCUGUGAGGCACUGGCGGCCACGGUACCUGCGGCGGCGCUGCUGCUUCGGCGGCUGCGGGUCAUUCCGGAUGUGGCGCUGCGUGUGUGCGUGUGCCUGGGGCUGCACGAGGUUUCGGAGCUGCGGGAGCUGGCGAUGCUGGAUCCGGAUGACGCGCCCGCCGCCUUCGCGGCCGCCUGGGGCCCCAGCGGCCUGGGCCCGGCACACGUGACGCAGCUGCGGACCGCGCUGCUGGCGGCGCUGAAGCCACAGGGGGGCCGAGCUCACGGCGACGAGGAAGCCGCUGGCCUGGGAACAGCAGGCCCGCUGCCUGUGGGCCUGGCCGGCGGCGCGCUGGUACAGCACCUGCUGGAGCGCUACGGCCUGGCCAAGCUCAUGGUGCAGGUGGCUGAGCUGCAGAUCACGGAGCCACGGGACCUGCUGGUGCUGGCGGAGCUGGCGGCGGCGGCGGGGCCUGAUGGCGGCGGCGGCGGCGGCGGCGGCGCUGAUGGCGGCGGCGGUGACAGCAGCGAGCUGGGCAGCUGGGAGUCGGGGCGGCUGACGCGGCUGCUGCGUGACCUGCCUGCGCUGCUGGCGGCGCAGGCCACAGCGCGGGACAAGGCGCGGGCCGAGGCCGCGCUGGGCCCCGCGCUGGAGGCGAUGCUGCGUCAGCGGCGGCUGGAGGCACUUGCUCGUCCCAGCCGCGGCUGUCUCGUCCUGUACGACGACCUGGACGGCGCCAGCUCCGGAUCCACAACCGCUUCAACCGCCGUCGCCGCCACCGGCGGCGGCCGCAAGGAUAACCGCUCUCGCCGCCAGAAGCGCGUGGCCGUGGUGGUUGCGGAGCCGCCGUCGUCCAAGGCCGGGCUGGCCGGCGGCGCCGCCGCCAUUGACACCUCCGCCUCCACUGACCCCAUGCUCGCCAUGCUUGUGGCUGCGGCGGCCGCGGUGCCCGGCGGUGGCGGAGAGGGCGGUGACGGCGGCGGCGCCGCCGCCGCCACGUACGUUGUACGGGACCUGGAGAGCGGCCUUUCAGUGGAGUUGCUGGGGGCGUGUCUGCGGCGGGUGCGGGCGGCGGAGCUGCCCAAAGGUACGGUGCGGCCGGACUACAUGCCGCCGGCCUCCCUGGGGCCGCCUGUGACGCCGCUGUCUGCGGCUGCGGGCGUGCUGGUGACCCGCGGCCACGCCUGGGGCCGCGGACCGGCGUACGACAUGUACGGCGAGGGUGUGGUGGGCGAGCUGGUGGGGCCAGAUCCGGAAUCCGCGUCAGCCGCCAACGGCAACGGCAACAGUAACGGUCAUCACGACGACGAGGAUCCAGAUUACGCCGCCGAGGAUGUAACUGACUUCCCGGUGUACGGCAGCGGUGAUGCUGCUGCGCACCGUGGUGCCGGCACCGGUAACGCUUUUGUUAACGGCCAUGCUGGGAAUGGUGGAGGCGGCGGCGGCGGCUCUGCGGAUGCGGAAGCUGGGCCGCGGUGGCACGGGCGGUGGCUGGUGCGGUGGCCUGAUGGGCAGGUGUCCAGCUACUCGGUGGGAGGCCGCGGCGGCUUUGAGCUGAGCUUCCUGACGCUGCACUGGCGGGCAGGCGCGCCCCUCCAGGACGUCCAUCGCGGACUGCUGCUGCCGCCGGCGGAGGUGGCGGUGGUGCCUGUUGCGCGAGGGCCGCUGUGGACUGAGGAGCCACACGACGGAUUGCCGGGCUCGCCGGGCGCUGCACUGCUGGACCGCAGCUCAGCCGGCCUGGAGGUGACCUGGAUGCGUGACCCGCACAACCCCCGGACCUACUUCCCUGAUGCGGACAGCGGCAGCAGCAGUGGCGGCAGUAACAGCAGCGGUGCCGGCAGUAGCAGUGGCGGUGCCGGCGUGUAUCCGGUGGUCCACGCAGUGCUGCCGGGCGCGCCAGUCACCCUGUUCACGGCGAGGGCGGGGGCGCGGGUGGAGCCGUCGCCCUCCAGUGGCGGGAUGCCCCAGGCAAUGGCGGGCGGCCCCGCUCUGGCCGGCACCCACUUCUACCACAAGUACUACAAAAGCUGGCAGACCGGGCCGGAGCCGGGCGGUCCGGGCACACUGCUGGCGCCGCUGCGGCUGGAGGCGGGCGGGCUGGUGGCGGUGUGGCUGGUGGCCUGGCCCAACGCCGGACGCCGGGAGGCGCGCGUGGGCGCGGUGGGCGGCGACUGCGACCUCGUGUUCGCGCCGCAGGCGGAUGUGCCGUACGCCAAGCCACGUCUGCCGCACGAGCACUGGCACCACCAGGGCGCGGAGGGCCGCCUGGUGCGUCUCAACCUGGCCCAGCUAGCGCUGCAGCCGGCUGCCGCCGCCGCCGGGCCGCUCAAGCCGGCGGGGGCUGCUACAGCCGGCGGCGGCGGCGGCGGGGGCGGCAGAGGAGGAGGAGCCCAGCAGCAGCGUGGGCAUGUGGGAGUUGUGGUGCGAGACCUGGGCCCCGGUGUGCACUGUGGCCUGCUGGUGCGGCUGCUGGGCGGCGCCACUGCUUUCUGGUAUGAUGAGGACGUGUUGCUGCCGCUGACGCCCGUGGAGGCGCGGCGGCUGCCGGCGGCCGCGGCGGCGGCGCUGGCGGCGGGCGGCGGCGCUGUGCCGGUGCUGGACGUGACCGCCAUGCCAGGCAUGCUUGUGCGGCGCUGCUACGACGACGGCUCCAGCCUCAAGACCAGCAGCAAGGAGCAGCAGGUUGGCGUGCUGGUGGCGCCGGUGGCUGCCAGCCGCUGGCUGGUGCGCUGGGGCGACGGCAGCUGCUCCGUCUACCAGACCGGGGCCGGAUCCAGGUUCCAGCUGUCGUACGUGUGCGAGCACCCGCAGGCGGGCGCGCCGCUGGCCAUGCCGCGCACCUUGGACGCCCUGGCCGAGAUGGCGGUGGCGCCCGGCUUCGACUGCACCGCGCCCUGGGCGGCGGAGGCGGGCGGCUGCGACGUGGCGGUGGUGGGCGGCAGCUCCCUGCAGGUGGACGAGUCGUCCAAGCUGCGGCUGCUGGUGGCUGAGCGCAUGCCGCUUGUGGUGGGGCCGGCGGCCAGGCAGCUGCGGUACAGCGCAGGCGGUCUGUUCCGUAUGUUUGAGCUGGCACACGCCGCGGCCCCCGGCGGGCCGGUGACCGUGUUCAACGCCAAGCAGGGCCUGCGGGUGGUUCUCCAGACCAGCGCCAACAGCACUGGCGCCUCGCAAACGGGCACCCUCACUCGCCCACUGCGCCUCGGAACCAAGGCCGGCGGCCUCAGCAGCGGCAGCAUGAGCAACGGCAAUGGCAACGGCGGCAGCGGCAGCAGCACUGCCGCCGUCAGCGCCGCCGCAACGCCACGCGGCAGUUUGCCCGCCCGCCGCGCCGUCGCCGCCACCGCCUCCAGUCGCCGGCUGAGACCCGAGUCCGCCGUCAGCGCCGCCGCCAGCGCGCCCUCCCUCACCUCCCUUCUCGGACAGCCCGCCAGCUCGUCAGAUGUGGUCUCCAUCUCUGAGGCUUCAGAGCGGGCUGGCGGCAGCGGCAGCGGCAGCGGCGGCGGUGGGGGUAGUGGCGGCGGCGGCGGCGGCGGUGGUACGGAGGUGGACCGUGGGACGGUGAUGUGGGAGGUGUCGUGGGACGCGGGCGACACGUCCGUGUGGGCGGUGGGUCUGUCGGCGUCGGCGUCAGCGCUGCGUGUGGCGCCGCAGCCUGGCUUCAAGAGCCCCGCGGUGCCUGCGCUGCGCGACGCCAGCCCCCGCGACCGCCACUUGCGAGUGCUGGACCCGGUGACCUACACACCGCUGCCACACGGGCCGCGGGUGCUGGACGACCACCUGUACUCGCUGCUGGGCCACCUGGACACCGCUGUGGCCGCACUCAACGCGGUGGCGGCGGGCCGGCUGCCCGGCCUGUGGCUGGCGGCGGCGGCGGCGGACUGCGGGCCGGCGGCGCCGUGCAGGGUGGAGCUGCAGCGCGUGCCCAUGCAGGGAGACACGCUGCUGCUGUCAGUGGGGCUGUCGGCAGCGGCUUUGUCGGUCGGGCAGCAGCCUUCGCAAGGCCCCACCGCGCACCUAGACCCGGAGGCCGCGCAGCAGCUGCUCGCAGGCAGCGAGCGGGCCGCGGCGGCGGAUGCCGAGCUGGCGGCGGCGGCCGCCGCACUUGAGGCUGCACUGCGCGGCUGGCCGCACCUCGACCUGGAGGCCCAGCGGGCGGCGGAGCGGGCCGCGGCGGCGGAGGCACAAUCAGGCAACCACCGCGCCACCGUAUCCGACGACGGCGGCGGCGCAAACGGCGGCGGCGGCCCGGUUGACGACCACCAGGGCCGUUGGAUUUUGACGGGUUGCAGUUUUGAGGAAGCGGUGGCGGACACUGCGGCGAGCCUAGUGCUGCGGACGGCGGCGGCGCAGCAGGGCGGUGAUGGUGACAAUGACGGUGCGCAGGCACCGGUGCUGGUGCUCAAGCAAGCAACGGGUGCUGGCGGUGGCGGAAGCAGUGCCAGCAGUGGUGGCGGCGGCGGCUGUUCGCGGCACGUGGCGGCGGCGCUGGAGCGCUUUAAUGCAGCGCUGGCGGCGGCGCAGGCGGCGCUGGAGGAGGCGGCGGCGGACGCCGGGCUGGCGGGGCUCAGGUACCACGUGUCGCUGUUGCCGCGUCCGCCCGCAUCCUGCCUGCCCCUGUCUGCGCUGCAGCUGAGCCACGCAUCCAAGCUGUACGACACAGACCCACUGCUGGUGCAGGAGAUGAUUGAGACGUUCCAUUCCUACACCGCGCGCCUGGUGUCCGCCGCUCCCACAGCCGACCCUCAACACCAGCAGCACCAGCAGCACCAGCAGGCGAUGCCGCUGGGACCGCUGGCGCUGGCGGCUUUGGAUGUGGCCCCAGAGGUGGCGGCGGCAGUGGAGCGGGUGCACGACGCCAUGUGUGCCUACACAGCCCUUCAGGCCGCCGAGUGGCGGCUCCAGAUCACGGAGAUGUACGGCACCGGCAGUGGGGGUGUGGGCGGCGGCGCUGGGUCGGAUGUGGGCGCGGUGGCGGCGCGGCGAGGCCACUGGCACGGCCUCAGCCUCACCACAACCAGCCCCCCGCUGGUGGCGGUGGCGGGCGGCGUGUCGGUGGGCGACCUGGAGGGACUGGUGGAGGCGCGCGAGGAUGCCACGGCGCCCUGCCCCUCCCAGCUGGGUGCUCGCCUGAAUGACUCACUCCUGCGGCUGUGGCGCUGCGCCGGCCGCGCCAACGGCUGCGGCGGCAGCGUCAACGUGUGUGACGCGGUGGUCAAGAUGUAUAGCUACCUGCACGGCCAGAUGGCCAAGGCGGUGGCCUCCUACGGUGUGUCCUUCAUGGGCGCAGACGCAGGAGCCGUACGGCAGGAGGUGGCGGAGGCGGCGCAGCAGGCGGCCGCCACAGCGGAGGGGCUGGAGGUCGCGGCUGCCAACCUAGCCAUGAUGGCCAGACCGCCCUGGAUGGCGCCAGCAGCAGCGGCGGCAGACGCCGGCGGCGCCACCGCAGGUGCGGCAGCUGGCGGGCCGCUGGCGGAGGUGAGGGAGGCGGCGGCAGCGGUGCGUCGAGCAGUGCGGCGCGCAGCGUCGCUGGCGGCAGACGUGGCGGCGGCGGCGAACGCGGCGGCGGCGGCGGCGGACGAGCAGAGCUGCAAGGCCGCCGCUACUGCGACCGCUGAGGAGCUUCUGCAGGACGCUGCCGCAGCGGCGGCGGUGAUGGCGGCGGCGCGCUGGGUCGCGGCCUCCAGCGACGGCUCCUCUGCCGCCGCGGCGGCCGCCGGCGGCGCCGCCUGUGUCGUCGCUCGCCAGGCCACCUUCCUCGCACAGGCUGGCGGCGCAGCCGCCAUCCCCAUCGUGCUUGAAGCCGCAGCCAUAGCGGCCUCUCUUGCCUCGCUGGCACGCGCCACGGCGGCGGCGGCGACGGCGCAGCAGGGCGAUGCCAUGCAAAUGAUGAAGAGGCGGCUGGACGCCGCCGCGUCUGCGUCGGACGCGUUAAACGCGCGAUGCGGCGCGCUGCAACGGCAGCUGGCGGCGGCGGAAGCGGCGGUGGAGGAGGGCGGCGGCGGCGGGGAUGAGCGGCAGCUGGCGCGGCUGCGUGAGGAGCUGUCGGCGGCGCAGGAGUGCGCCAGCAGGGCGGAUGCGCACGUGGACGAGGCCGCACAGAGCCGUUCAACUGCUCUCAAUGAGAGCGAGGACGUCGGCGCACACGCCGAGGCGGCGGCGGCGGACGCCGCCCGUGCGGCGGAGUGGGCUGCGGAUGCCGCCGCGGCGUGCGCCGCGGCGGCAGUGGACAAUGCAAAGGAGUCGGCGGCGGCAGCGGGUGGUGGUCAGCGUGACCUGGACGGAUUGCUGCCGCUCUUGUCCAAGGCGGCAGCGGCACUGGCGUUUGCAAGCAAGGUGGUGGCGGCCGCUGGCAUCUCGUCUCCCCGCUCGGUGUCCGGCGCGGCGGAGGCGCUGGCGACACUGUCAGCCGAGUUGUGCAAUGUUGCCGUCGACCAGGCGGUGUCGGGCGCUGAGCAACUCAAGGAAGGCGCCAAGGAGCCUGACCGGAUCAAUGCGAAGCAGAGGACGCUGGGCAAGGCGGCCGCUGCGGCCCGGCUGUUGCGGUCGCUUGCCACUUCGCAUGCGGCGCUCGCGCCUGGAGGCUCGCUUCCGGCGCCGGCCGCAGCCAGCCUGGCGCGGGCGGCGGAGGGCGCUGCGGUGGCGUGUCGGGACGCGGCGGAUGCGGCCAAGGCCAUCGGCAAUGACGCGGUGGCAAAAGCCCGGGUCGCCGUGGGCACCAAGGAGAACCUGGAGCACGGCGCGCGGCUGCAGCUGGAGCUGUUGGAGGCGGCGAGGGCGGUGACGGACCUGGCAGAGGUGGCGGCAGGCGCCUCGGACGGCUCUCGUGUGCGGGACGCCCAGUCCGACAUCGCCAAGGCCCUGGAUGACAGCGACCGAGAAAUGGACAAGAUUGAUCGCUACAGCCGCGAGCACCCAAUCCUGCGGGCCGUGGCGGUGGCGGUGGGGCUUAAGGGCCUGGCCGCGGGCGCGCAGCGCCUGCCGCAGGCCCUGGACUCGGCCGCGGUGGCAGUGGAGAAGGCCGCGGCGGCGGCGUCGGCCGCCGAGCCAGCCGGCAGUCCGCCUGUGCGGGCAGACAGCGGCGUGGACGAGGUCGGCGGCGGCAGCCCCAUGCCGGAGCAGGGCAGCAGCCACAACCUGGCGGCGUUGGGCGUCAUGGGUCUCGCCACCACCAGCAUGCACAGUAUGGCCAACUCGGCGGCGGCGGCGGCAGCGGGAGGUGGUGGUGGUGGUGGUGGCGGUGGCGGAGGGAAGGGCGAGCUGUCACGUGCUCGCUACAAUCUUGACAAGACCUGGCAGUUGGUGGCAGAGGCGGAGCGCGAGCUGCGGAAGAGCGUGGCUGUGGGCCGAGAGCUGUGGGGCCGAGGCAGCGGAGCAGCAACUGGCGCCGUGGCGGAGGUGGAGGAGGCACGCAGCAAGGCGGUUGCCGCCGCCGCGGCGGCCCUGGGGGCGGCGAGCUCCGCUGUAUGCGGGUCCCUGUCAUCGGCUGGUGUGCAGUCUCCCGAGCAGCUGUUGCGGCUGCACGGACUGGCAGAGGCGGCUGAGGACGCGCUGCGGCUGCUGGCCGAAGGGCUUGGCGUGCCUCGUGGCGCCGAAGGCGCCGCCGCCGCCGCGUCUCAACUGACGGCGGCAUCCCACGCUCGCGCGGCGGCGUUUGAGACCGCGGCCGCUGCCUUCGGCGGCGCGGCGGCGGCACAACGCGCCGCAGCUGACCCCGCAGCUGCGCUGCUCGAGACCGCAGCGUCAGACGAUGAGCCGCAUGGCGGGUCUGGGGGAGGCGGACGUCUUGGGGAUGGCGACGACGACGGCAGGGGCGGGGCCGGGGGCGAGCCGACGGCGGAGAUUGUGUUUCGGCCGGUGUUCGUGCAGACACCCAGCGCAGCGGGAGCCAGCCGCGAGCCGCCGCACAACGCCAUACAGUUCCAUGUGGCUGUGUUGCUCAAGGAGCCCGGCCGGCGCGCGGGCCCGCCUCCGCCCGAGGUUGACGCGGUAUUGCAGCGGCCGGCGGUGCGCUCCCUGAUGGAGCCGCUGGAGGCCCUCAUAGAGGCGGCCAACUUGGAGCUGGCGGCCGCGGCGGUUGCCCUGCGCGACAUGGCCGUGGAGGCCGACCUGCUGGCGCCGCUGCUGGGGCAGCCGGGCGGCGGAGCGCUGCUGCGCGGCUCGCGAGACGGGCCGCCGGGGCUGCAGCUGGCGCUGCAGCGGUACGGCCCAGACGCCGAGGCGCUGGUGCGCGCCAACCUGCGACAGGCCGGCCGCUACACGUCAGUGCUGGAGGCCUUCCGCGCCGUGUCGGGCGGCCUGGCGGAGGGGCUGCAGGAGGCGGCUGCUCAGCUGAGUGCACUGCUGACCCCUGUGCCGGUGCCGUACCACGGGCGCCGGGCGGCGCAGGAGCGUGCAGCGGCUGCAGCGGCCGCCGCCGCCGCAGAGGAGGAAGCCGCUCGGAGACAUCAGCAAGAGCUGGAGGCAGCGUGGCGGCAGCAGCAGGAGGAAGAGGCGGCGGCGGCGGCGCGAGCUGAAGCAGCGGCCGCGGCCGCCGCUGCGGCCGCCAGGCCCGCCCCGCUCCUGGCCCCGGCGCCGCCGUCAAUGCCAGCAGGAAGUGUGGGCAUCUCGCCGCGCGCCCGGGCGUCCUCACUGAGGCGCAUCGACUCCUCAUCGGCCGGCCCGGAGCCCACGCUCGCGCGCCUCAGGUCUCGGGGCUCCACAAACGGCGGGUUCCCAGAGGCUGGCCCUGUUGCCCCCAGCAGGCGGUCCGGCGACGACAUGAUGCGGGUAUCCGGCGACGGCCUCCCGCGCCUCUCUGACAGCGGAGCUGCGACUGCAGUGGUGGUCGGACAGGAACUGGCGAUCAUGCACGUGUACGGGGCGGCGGAUCUACAGGCGCGCAACGCCAGCGCGGACGGCGGCGCGUCAUCGGCGCUGUUUAGUGACGACGGAGAGAUUGACUUUGGGUUGGGCGACUGAAGCCGUGUUGAGCAUGGACAAGGCGUGUAUAGAGAGGGUUGACAUCCGGGCAUGGCGCGUCCAUGUGCGUGUUCGUGUGCGUGGUAUGGGGCUAGCUAGAUGCUUGCUGGCGUGACCUCAGUCGAACUGCCAUUAGAAAUACUCCAAUAGAUGGACUGACAGAGGAACACUGGCAUUGCAUAGUGCACGGGCUUCAUUCAUUCAUGUGGCAGAAUUGCUGUAGCACGCCAGCGACUAGGUAGGC